AUGUGGGACAGGAACCACCUCCACCUGGCCUGUGACAGCCCCCUCCCAGUUCUUCCUGACCCACCUCUCCGAGCCCAGAUUUUCAUCCUGAGCUUCUGUUUGUAUUCGUCUGCCCCCCCCCAAACGCCCCAGCUGUCCCCGGGCUCUGAGGAUGACGACGGUGAAGGUCCUAUCUGUGAGAAGCUGGGGCGGAUCCAGUUCUCGGUUGGCUACAGCUUCCAGGACUCCACCCUGACUGUCAAGAUUCUCAAGGGCCAGGAGCUCCCUGCCAAGGACUUCUCUGGGACCUCUGACCCCUUCGUCAAGCUCUACCUGCUGCCGGACAAGAAGCACAAGCUGGAGACCAAGGUGAAGAGGAAGAACCUCAACCCUCACUGGAAUGAGACCUUCCUGUUCGAGGGUUUCCCGUAUGAGAAGGUGAGGGAGAGGACUCUGUACCUCCAAGUGUUGGACUUUGACCGAUUCAGUCGUAACGACCCCAUCGGGGAGGUAUCCAUCCCUCUCAACAAGCUCAGUGACUUGGGACACAUGCAGACCUUCUGGAAGGAGCUCAAACCCUGCAUGGAUGGAGCGGGGAGGCGAGGGGACUUGCUGGUGUCUCUGUGCUAUAACCCAACAGCCAACACCAUCACUGUGAACAUCAUCAAAGCACGCAAUCUCAAAGCCAUGGACAUAGGAGGAACAUCAGCCAUGGACAUUGGGAAGACUCUGGGAGUCUCGGGAGUCUCGGGAAGACUCUGGGAGUCUCGGGGGGUCUCGGGAACACUCUGGGAGUCUCGGGGAGUCUCGGGAACACUCUGGGAGUCUCGGGGAGUCUCGGGAACACUCUGGGAGUCUCAGGGAGUCUCGGGAACACUCUGGGAGUCUCUGGAGUCUCGGGAAGACUCUGGGAGUCUCGGGAGUCUCGGGAACACUCUGGGAGUCUCGGGAAGACUCUGGGAGUCUCGGGAGUCUCGGGAAGACUCUGGGAGUCUCGGGGAGUCUCAGGAAGACUCUGGGAGUCUCGGGGAGUCUCGGGAAGACUCUGGGAGUCUCGGGGGGUCUCGGGAAGACUCUGGGAGUCUUGGGAAGACUCUGGGAGUCUCGGGGGGUCUGUAG